AUGGUCCGAUGUUUUGAUGAAAUAUUUUGGGAGAUUAAUCAAGGCUACGCCGUUGACUUUCUUCCAUGGUUAAGUCCUUUCUAUGCAUCGCAUAUGAGAAACGUCGAGUCAUGGGCAAGAACUAUUCGAGAAUUCAUAAUGGAACAUGUGAUUAAAUCUCGAGCAGAGAAAUUAUCUCAAAAACCAGAAGACGAAGAUGAUUUCACUGAUGCUUUAUUGAGGUCACUUUCAAAGGAAGAAAAUGUUUCAGAAAAUACAAUUAUUUUCAUGUUGGAAGAUUUUCUUGGUGGACAUUCUGCAAUUGGGAAUCUUGUUUAUCUCGCUCUUGGAUAUAUUGCAAAGUAUCCAAUCGUUGGAAAACAAAUUCAGAAAGAAGUCGAACAAAUUACGGAUGGUGGGAAAAAGAAAGUUACACUUUAUGACACUGAAAAUAUGCCGUACACUGUUGCGGCGAUUUACGAAGUUUUAAGAUAUUCAUCUUCACCAAUUGUGCCACACGUUGCAACUGAGAACUCACAGAUUGGCGGCUAUGGAAUACUUAAAGACACGAUUGUCUUUAUUAACAAUUACGAUCUAAAUACAAGCGAGAAAUAUUGGGAGAAUCCGAAAGAAUUUAUUCCUGAAAGGUUUUUGGAAACAGUUUCCUCUAACAAGAUUCACAAGGAUAGUUCAGGAACAGCUCGAGAUGUUGUUAGAGUCAAGAAGAACAUUCCACACUUUCUUCCUUUCUCUGUUGGCAAACGAACAUGCAUUGGACAAAAUCUCGUUCGUUGCUUCUCCUUCCUGUUGUUGACAAACAUUCUUGAACAUUUUGAUGUCUCCAGUGAUUAUCCCGACUUGAUUAAAAUGAACCCAGCAUGUGUUGCUGUACCACCGGAAACAUAUGGACUCAAACUAACACCUCGAACCUGA